AUGGGACUUACCCUCGUCAUCCGGCCUGUCCAAGAUGCUCCCCCUUUCCUUCAUAACCGAACACUCGAAGCGGUAAUCGGUUGUCUGGCGCGAGAGAGAAAACCGCCGCCCGCACCCACGCCCUUCUCACCACCCGCCUCCGCCCUCACCCACGCCCCGUCCCCCCGCCUCCGCGCCCUCACCACGCCCUCCUCACCCGAGCCCGUCCUCACCCACGCCCGUCCUCACCCACCCCGUCCUCACCCGCCUCCGUCCGUCAACCCGCGCCCUUCCUCACCCGCCUCCGUCCUCACCCACCCGUCCCACCCGCGCCCGUCCUCACCCGCGCCUUCCUCACCCGCGCCCGUCCUCACCCACCCCGUCCUCACCCACGCCCGCCCGUCCCACCCGCCUCCGCCCUCCCACCCGCCUCCUCCUUGCCGCCCCCGUCCUCCUCACGCGCCCUCCUCACCCGCCUCCGUCCUCACCCGCGCCCUUCCUCACCCGCCUCCGUCCCACCCGCGCCCUUCUCACCCGGCGCCCUCCUCACCCGCUCCGUCCUCACCGCGCCCGUCCUCACCCACGCCCUUCCUCACCCACGCCCGUCUCAAACCGCCUCCUCCUCACCCACGCCGUCCACCCGCGCCCGUCCUCAACCGCGCGCCCGUCCUCACCCCCCGCCUCACCGCCCUCCUCACCGCGCCCAUUCCUCACCCAUCUCGCACCGUCCUCCACCCUCCUCACCCACGCCCGUCCUCACCCGCUCCUCAACCUCACCCCUGCGCCCUUCCUCACCCGCCUCCGCCCUCACCCGCAGCCCUUCCUCACCCGCCCCUUCCUCACCCGCCUCCGCCCUCACCCGCGCCCUCCUCACCCGCCUCCGUCCCACCCGCCCCUUCCUCAUCCGCGCCCUUCCUCACCCGCCUCCGUCCUCACCCGCGCCCGUCCAACACACGCCCUUCCCACCCACGCCCGUCCUCAACCGCCCUCCGUCCUCACCCCCGCCCGUCCUCACCUCGCCUCCGUCCUCACCCACGCCGUCGUCCUCACUCCGUCCUCACGUCCUCGAACCGCGCCCGUCCUCACCCACGCCCGUCCUCACCCGCCUCCGUCCUCACCCGCGCCCGUCCUCACCGCGCCCGUCCUAACCCGCCCCGUCCCACCCGCGCCCGUCCUCACCCGCCUCCGUCCUCAACCGCGCCCGUCCUCACCACGCCCGUCUCACCCCCUCCGUCCUCACCCGCCCCGCCACCCCGCCGUCCUCACCCACGCCCGUCCUCACCCGCCUCCGUCCUCACCCGCCCUUCCUCACCCGCCUCCGUCCUCACCCGCGCCCUUCCUCACCCGCCCCGCCUCCGCCCCUUCCUCACCCGCGCCCUUCCUCACCCGCGCCCUCCUCACCCGCCCUCCUCACCCACGCCCGUCCUCACCCGCGCCUUCCUCACCCGCUCCGUCCUCACCCGCCUCCUCCUCACCCACGCCCGUCCUCACCCGCGUCCCACCCGCCUUCCUCACCCACGCCCGUCCUCACCCGCCUCCGUCCUCACCCACGCCCUUCCUCACCGCCUCCGUCCUCACCCGCGCCCUUCCUCACCCGCCUCCCGUCCUCACCCGCCCUUCCUCACCCGCCUCCGUCCUCACCCGCGCCCUUCCUCACCGCACCGCGCCCUUCCUCACCCGCCGCCCGCCUCACCCGCGCCUUCCUCACCCGCCGCCCUCCUCACCCGCGUCCUCUUCCUCACCCGCGCCUUCCUCACCCGCCUUCCGCCUCCUCCUCACCCGCGCCCUCCUCACUUCCUCACCCCGCCCUUCCUCACCCGCCCCACCUCACCCCGCGCCUUCCUACCCGCGCCCUUCCUCACCCGCCUCCGUCCUCACCCGCGCCUUCCUCACCCCGCGCCCUCCUCACCGCACCCGCGCCCUUCCUCAUUCCUCACCCGCGCCUUCCUCACCCACGAUUGA